CCAUGCUGUCGCUGGACGAGCCCCUGGACCUAAAACUCCCCCGGCGGGCGAUCGGGAAGGACAGGGGAGCCCGUUCGCCUCUCCUCUCGCCGCUGCACCCUAAGCAGGUUCGCCAGCUGCACAUGACGGAUGACGGGACGGCGGUCAUAGAGCCCGCCUCGCCUGCAUCUCCACACUCAGGUGUGCAGGUGGUUCCUCAUGACCGGACCGACACCCCCACCCCGCCUGCUGUGGACCUGAGCAUGUCUCCAUCCUCCCGACACACCCCCAGCUCUCCAGAAAUGAGCAACGGCAGUUACGUCCCCUCAGGCAACUCUCACCUCUCGCAGGCGUUUCAAUUCUUCGUGCCAAUCGGUCCCGGCGCGGGACUUCACCUGCCGUCCUCCAUGUUCAUUGGCCAAACGAGCGACAAGAGGGCUUCUCCUGACCUUUCAGCAGACGAACAGCUGGCAUGUCGCUGGAAAAAGUGCCACCUGCUAUUUGACUCCCUACAAGACCUAGUGGACCAUGUCAACGACUUCCACGUGAAACCUGAGAAGGAUUCUGGGUACUGCUGCCACUGGGAGGGCUGUGCUCGGAAAGGAAGAGGGUUUAAUGCCAGGUACAAAAUGCUCAUCCACAUACGCACUCACACCAAUGAGAAGCCACACCGCUGUCCCACCUGCAACAAGAGCUUCUCACGCCUGGAGAACCUCAAGAUACACAACCGCUCACAUACAGGUGAAAAGCCCUACAUAUGUCCUUAUGAGGGCUGCAACAAACGCUACUCCAACUCCAGCGACCGGUUCAAGCACACGCGCACACAUUACGUAGACAAGCCCUACUACUGCAAGAUGGUAGGCUGCCUGAAGCGCUACACAGAUCCCAGUUCGCUGCGGAAGCACAUCAAAGCACAUGGCCACUUUGUGGCUCAGGAGCAGGGCUCCCCGGGUGGGGUGGGGUCCCUGCUGAAGGGAAGUCAGAGUGGGGGGCCGGCCGGCGAUGGCAGCAAGGAUUCAGAAUUGCCUUUUGUCAGUGGAGCUCACAUCAUCAUCCCCGGAGCUGCUGCCGCUCUUUUGGGAAGUCACGCCUUGCAGGGCGUUGGUGGGGCCCUUCCCUUGUCCCCUCUCAGCCCGAGGCCCCUGGACCUCACCACGCUGGGGAGCCCCAAUUCUUCUCCAGCCAGCCUAGGAGGCACAUCCAUCUUAUCCUUUAACAACUCCCCUCUGGGCCUGGCCAAGGCUCCUUUACUCUCCCCGGGCUUCCCUUCCUCGGCUCUCGGCCUGCCCAUGGUUCCGGUGCUGGGCCCCGCUUCGGAGCGCAGGCCCCAGAGCCACCAGGCAAAGAGAGGCAGAGGAGAGAGAGCAGAGGACGAGGUGCCCGGAAGGGUCCUAAACCUCUCCACAGGUGCGUCUCACGAUCCCCUGUCCUGGGUGGUCAUCCCCCCAGGCGCUGUGGUGCUGAAGCCAGCUGUGGUUAACUGACACAAACACACACAUUCCAGAAGAGCUCAGGGGGUUGAUACCAUAGCAAGGGUAUGGGAUGUCAAAAGGGGACAGGGAUUGGCUUGAACAAUCAAUUCCAGGCAAUGCAUUAAACGUAGGAGGUUGGAAAAAGAGACUUAUCAAAGCAAACACAUCACCUCGCAGAAUUUUCAAGAACACAACGCAAGCCUCUUGUAUUGUUGGAGAACUAAGCUUGAGGCCCAAGAUCUGGGUUCAGGAAUAUAUACGGUCCUGGAUUUGUAUAACAAGGCCUUAUGACGAGGCUCCUCUUCGCUUUCUUGUUUUAUACUUUACUCAUUCCUACAUGUUCUGUAGACAGGGACCGUAAACGUUGACAGUCUCACUGCUCUGUGUUUUAACAAAAUUCCCUUCCUCAUCACUGAGUAUUUAUACGACUGUGCUUUGACCGAGUGCCUCCAGCUUAGUGCUGAGAUACAGUGCCUUACAAAAGUAUUCACACACCUUGACUUUUACACACCUUGAAACAUUGCAACUCCAGUGCACCGAGCAGUCGACGGUAACCUUUGUUGCAAAUUAAAAACCUUUAUACCCCUAAAGAAAACCCCGCGCAACCGAGUUUAUCGCUGCUGUUCUCCGCACAGGUUUGUCGGAGGACAUUAGUAGACAAAAAGCAUCGCCAAGACCAAGAAACAUGGGUCAGGGAUAAAACCUGUGGAGAAGUUUAGGGCAUGGUUUGGUUAUAAAACAGUAUCCUCCGCUUUGAACAUCUUGUGGAGCACUGUUCAAUUUGAAUGACCCUCCAACUAAACGGAUAGACCAGGUAAGGAGAGAAUUAAUUAGAGAAGCAACCAUUAGUCCCAUUAUGACUCUGGAGGAGCUGCAGAGAUCCAUAGCUCAGGUGGGACAAUCUGUUGACUAGUUCGCAGUGCACCACAAGCCACAUAUGGGACAUAAAUUUACCUUUUUUUGGCAAUCCUAGAAAAAACAACAACAUUUAGGGCCGCUAAAAAUCUUAAGACUGGGUUCAAAGUGAAAAAAAAAGCAGAUCCAUGUUUUCAAAUAGCCCAGUCAAAGUCUAGCCAUAACUCCAACAAUCAAAUAAAUAUUCUUGAUUCUUGAGAACCUGUAACAAGAGCUAAAAACUUAUGUUCAAGGUAGUAAGAGACAUAUACCAAAAAAGCUUUGCAGCUUUAAUUGCAGUAGAGAGGUUCCACAAAGAACCGACAACAUUAGGGAAACAAACUCCUGGUCUGCCAUGUAAGAUUGAAAGUAAAUACAUUCAAGUUUGCGCUUUAAAAGGACAAACUUUUAAAAAGUUUAAGGGGUUUGAAUGCUUGUUGCAUGGCACUGUACAAACACCACAGAGGAAGCACUCGCACAGACACGCAUGCACCAGAAAAGAUGUUACAAAUGUUGCGAACAUAAAACCGACAAACUUGCCAAACAGAAAGCGAGUGAACUUAUUAACGUCUCGUAUUAUCAAAGAAGACGUUUCCUUUUAAACAGAGCGCUUGACGGCGUCUCCGGGUUGUAGUGUUGAAACCUCAGAACUGCUGCUAAAAUCUCGCCUUCUCCCGCCUCACAGACGGGGAGAGAGCACUUUCGACAAUCUGUCCCCGGUUUUUUUGGGGGAGGGUGAUUGAACACGAGACCAGAGCGGUCCACCAGAAUGCGUGCCAGGCGUGCAGACUAAAGGGGACCAAACAGACAAAUGGUGUUUAAUCACACCUUGCAAUGACUAACCUUCACUUCCCGCUUUUUUUUCUCUCGCAAGAAAAAUUUAAGGCACUGGUGUGUCUGACCCCCUCCCCUUCUGGAGAGACAUCCCAAAAUCAAAAAAAAAAAAAAACAGCACUGCUCAGCUCCUGGAUUGUCCGGCUGCUUUACUGUAAUCCAAUCAAUGCGAUCGGGUUCUGUAGAGAAAAAAAAGGGCACGAAACCCUACAGUCUUGUAUUUUUCAAGCUAAAACGGCCCCAAAACCAGCUGUGAAAAACAUGCAGUGGGCCUUUAAACACGAGAUUUGCCACCAAUAAGCUUUCAGCUGUGAAGGAAAUACCAGGAAAGAGGGAAUGUUCUCGCCGUUCCACAGCGAGGAGGUGGGAUACACUCAGUGCCGCCUGCAGCUGGACUGACCAGGACGCCACACUAUCCCAAACUGCCUCAUCUGUGCCCGUUUGGACACGUUUGUCCAAACGGGCAACCAUAGCAAGAAACAAAGAAAGAAACUUCUGGGAAACACUUCAUGGUCCGAUAAAGCAGCAAACAUGCACUUAUGACAAACUACAUGUUUUUUUUAAAUGUAUUUAAAAGAAAAUAGCUCUUAUUUCAACUCCCCCACCACCACAGAAUUCAGCCUUUUGUUGGGUGUUUCGUCAGACUUGUGUUACGAUGUUGAAAGAGGAUGGCAAGCAGGAGAGGAUCCUCACAACUCAACAGACUGACAACUCUCCUCGCUCCCGUCACUCCUCCGUUCUCUUCCUUUCCCGUCUGAUGAUGCCCGGCUGUUUUUGAGUGUGGCUACACUUUUCAAAAUCUAGGAGCCUACAUUUUUAAUUGGAGAGCGAUGUUUUUUAAAGUUAUCGACUCUCAGAUGCUGUUCUGCACUCCCCGCGAAGCUCUGCUCUCACGCUCUAAAACCUCGCUCGCUUAAAAGCGCGUUCUGCUCUUGCUCGGUAGACGGAUUUGAUGCGUCUGCUCACCGAUAAAAGGUUAACUCUCUGCAUUAAUGAAGGCAGUGAUGUCUAAAAAUGCAUGUUUCAUCCCUACAGAGGUGUAAGACUCAAGAGCAGAAGAUAUUUGUGCAGGAGCCAUUAAAGCUUAGUAUGAAAAUAUACUUGUAAGGGGCAGCAGAAUACAUUUGAUAUAUUUUUGAGUGUGAAAGCGGAGUUUUAAGGUAGAGCAGUACAAUAUCCGCGAAAGAAGCAAUCUUAACUGCUUAUGCUCUUAAAUUGAAAAUAAUGUGCUCCUAUUUUUUUUUGGCAGGGUAACUCCCCCAUAGCUGUUUUAUUUGUCCACGGCCCUGACUUAAAGGGCAAUGUAUUUACCUGUUAUUGGUUUAUAUUUCUGCCAUGAUGAUGAUGAUGAUGAUGAUUAUUGUUAUUAUUAUUUUGCAGUUGUUCAGACGAGACAUUUUCUUUGUGAUGUUGAAGUUGCUUGUUGUGUUCUGCCACGGCUGCUCUGCAAUCAGAUUUCUGCUGCCGGGGACUGAGUCUUUGAACGGGUCGAAGUCGGCGUGGGUGAUUUUAAUUUUAUGGGUGUUUUCUCCCCGCCCCCCAGAGCUGUAGUUUCCGACCUGAGACCAGAAAUUCAAAGGGAUAUACAUAAAGACAGCGCUUUAAUUCAUUACAACACUGGCAUAUCAGAGGCUACCCCACAUGUUAGGUAUCUAAAUCAUUAAGCGAGUUUGUCAUGUAGGUCACAUGAACAACGGGCUGCCACAUUUCUUUCUCCACAUGCCAUUAACAACACUUCUUAUUGGGAAAAAUAACUCAAAUCUGUAAAUGGUGAAAAAUAUUUGGUUUAAGAAUUAAAUGUUAGCACACCAGAAACUCUUAUCAAUAACUUUACUAACACUUAGUUGUGUUCGUUUAAACACCAUUCAGGGCCUGCUAAAAUUAAAUAUUAUACAAAUUAAAAUGUAGUUUUUAGCCAUUUAAGACAUUUCCUGACUGUACAGUAAUGACAAUAUCUAAACCAAGGUCAUAAACAGGGGCUAGAGCGUAAACAUGGCUAUAUGUAAGGAGCAUUGGUGAAAAUUAUGUAGGAAAAACUGCUUCAAGGAGUAAAUGAUUUAUAUGCGAAUCCAACAGGCUCAUGAUUAGUGCAAUUCAUUCAUGGUAUAAAUAUCUUAUGUUUUGGAAUAGCAUUUCAAAAGAAAAUGUUUAACUUUUUAUUAA